AUGUUUCAUGGACCGUAUUACAUGAACCAUGAUUAUCCUAAAACGGAUUAUUUACUUCCAUCCUUGCUGCGAAAACGGGAGCAAGAAACAAUGAUCAUCGAUGUGGUCCCCCCGUAUUAUCAAUUCCGCCAGCUGCGCAUUUCUAGUCCUACGAAUGUGUCGAGCACCACCGAAAAUGGUGAGUCCAGCAAUGGCAUUCGCAGCGAUAGUCCCAACGAAAUGUCGCCAACUCAUCAUCACCAACAACAUGAAUCGCGGCAGCAGCAACAACAAUCACCAUCGUUGCCACCGCCGCCGCCACUGCCGCAAACAUCAUCCUCGCAACAAAAUGACCAGCAGCAACCGCAAUCGCAGCAACCAUUGAUGGAUCCUAACAUCAGGAGAUACAGGACCGCCUUUACGAGGGAACAAUUAGCGCGGUUGGAGAAAGAGUUUCAAAAGGAAAGUUACGUCAGUCGACCGCGAAGAUGCGAGUUAUCGACGAUACUGGGCCUUCCAGAAUCCACAAUCAAGGUCUGGUUUCAAAAUCGGCGCAUGAAGGACAAGAGGCAGCGUCUGGCGUUGGCUUGGCCGUACACGAUGUACACGGAUCCGGCGAUCGCGGCGACUCUGCUCGCGGCCGCGUCUCUACCGCCCGUGUCUUACCACGGUAGCCCGAGCCUGCCGGCGCAUCUACCGCCGUCGCAGAUGGUGCACCCGGUGGCCGCGGCCGCGGCGGCUGCCUCCUACUACGCGUCGCGGUACUCGCCGUACGGUGGCCCGGCGCCCGGUGCAUCCGCUCUGCACAGGCCUCAUCCACGCGCCAUCGCCGAUUUCGCCGGUCAUCCGCCGUUGCUGCAUCCUCACGCUCAUCUCGCGCCUGGUUCGCUUCACAACGGACUGGGCCUGCCGACGAUUAGCAAUCCGCCGGCCUUCCUCGUCGGCAAUCCGCCGCCGUCGUCCGCAACGGCGUACCGGCAUACCGCGCUGCGGGACCUCAGCCCGGCCAACUCGGACGCGUCCAGCGACUGCGAUUACGGACAGCAACAGCAUCGCACGUCUCAAACCUGCGCCGGCAUAGGCGCGGUGCAACAGCAACAGCAGCUGAUGGACACGCGGGACGACGAGGAGAUUCAAACGAUGAGACUCCCGAUAGCCCAGAGUCUGGCCGAUGCGCCGAGCACUUUCGAGAAGAGAGGCAACAUGUACAACAGCGCGCCAGUCUCCUCGACCGCGCAGACGACCAAGCUCGAGCCGCCCAAGUUGUUUCAACCUUACAAGAACGACAUAACCGAACGAGUAUGA